ACACCAAUUACAUUCGAAUUUCCUCAAAAUAUGCCAGUGAAGAUGGCACGUGCGUCUUGUGGUCGCGAUUAUCACUGUUGUCCUGAUAUAAAUACAGCAGUAGAAACUGCUUGUAAAUCUGGAUUUGAUUUUGUGUGUCUGCCAAUUGUGAAUCCAAGAUACAAACGUGAAUUUAUUCAUGGUCCAGCAAAGAAUCGGCCUGGUCCUCUUUCGAGAUCUGACCUUGUUUUAUCAGGCCAAGAUUGGAGUACAUUGAUUGUCGGCAAAACAUCGCCAUGGUUACAGCUGGACUCGAGAGUGGAAGUUAUUCGAAAGAACUCUGAAGCUGGAUUCAAACAGGAGUUGGCCUUUGCAAGCCACCUUGGGCUCCCAGCCAUAUUAAUUCAACUGAAACAUGGCAAGAAUGCCAACCUAGCAAGAUGUCUCAGUGAACAGAUCCAAGCAGCUUACUUCCAACAACAAUACUGGAUCCAGAUCCCACUGAUAUCGGCUCGUGACCAGGCAGACUGUCUGAUGGAGGGGGGACAGACAGACGAGGAGAGAGAGCCCCAGGAUGACACCUGGAAAUGGUGGCAUGAGUUUAGAACUCUGUGCGACUCUCAGAGGAGAAUCAAUGUUGUUCUGGAGCUGUCCACUAAUCUGCCAGACGAGGAGGUAUUGGACCGAUGGCUGGCCGAGCCAAUCAAGUGUGUCAUGGUAUCCACCAAUCUGUUUCUGACCAAUAAGAGAGGGUAUCCUGUGUUAUCAAAACCUCAUCAGAGUUUCCUUAAAAAACUGUUCAAGCUGGACAUUCAGAUAAUCCUGACCGGGGCAGACAGACACCCAGACAAAGGCCUCCACACCUACCAGCAGUACCUGGAUCACCUUUGGCAGGUAAGACAUCAAGACACAGAUCUUCAACAGUACCAGCAUUGCCUGUACAUGGAUAACCUGUGGCAGACUAGGUCCCCUCCUGAUCCCAUCACACAGUUUGCCAAGGGCUACGAGGACUACUUGCAAAGUCCACUGCAGCCUUUGAUGGACAACCUAGAAUCACAAACUUACGAAAUCUUUGAGAAAGACCCUGUCAAAUAUUCCCAAUAUCAGAAGGCUGUGUACUAUGCCCUUCUGGGUAAGAUCAAACCAGAGGAAAAAGAAACAAAGAGUGUUGUUUUAAUGGUGGUUGGGGCUGGCAGAGGACCCCUUGUGAGGGCCUCCAUUGCCGCUUCCCAUCAGGCAGAUCGAAAAAUUAAGAAGGUGUAUGCAGUGGAGAAAAAUCCUAAUGCUGUAGUGACUCUAGAAAACAUGAAGGACGAGAUGUGGGGGGACCUGGUGGAGGUGGUGUCGUGUGACAUGAGGUCGUGGGAGGCGCCUGAGAAGGCGGACAUCUUGGUCAGCGAGCUACUGGGGUCGUUUGGAGAUAACGAACUCUCCCCGGAAUGUCUGGAUGGAGCUCAGAGAUUUCUGAAGGAUGAUGGUAUCAGUAUUCCUUGUGAAUACACAUCCUACAUGUCGCCGCUACAGUCAGAAAAGCUGUACAAUGAGGUACGAGUGUGCAAGGACAACACCCCCUCCAACAAACCGCUUGAUCACAAUUUUGAGACCCCCUAUGUGGUACGCCUCCAUAACUGUCAGGUGCUUGCUCCUCCACAGGAAGUGUUCCACUUUAAACAUCCAAACAGAGACGCAGUGAUAGACAACACUAGGUACACCUGUCUGGAGUUUGACAUCAAACAAGACGCAGUUCUUCACGGGUUUGCUGGCUACUUCGACACAAUUCUGUACGACAAUGUGACCCUGAGUAUACAUCCAGACACCCACUCUCCAGGAAUGUUUAGCUGGUUCCCCAUCUUGUUCCCAAUCAAGACACCCAUUUAUGUGAAGAAAAAUGAUCAUGUUGUCCUGCACAUCUGGAGAAGCUGUAACGCAAAGAAUGUAUGGUACGAGUGGACAAUUGUGGAGCCUACUGUCUUGCCGAUCCACAACCCAAAGGGCCGCUCCUACACCAUAGGACUCUAAAAACUUGUACAAUGUUCAAUCUAUUGUGUUUUGAAGGUUGUUAUGCUUUACUAAGGUCACAAGCUAAGAAAAGCAACAUUUUGGUGACCAAAUGAAAGACUUUGUUAGGUUUGUCAGGCAAAUUUGACUUGAUCUGUUGUAUUUAGACAAAACUUAAUGCAUAAAAGGAUAUAUUUCUUGUGUUCUAUUUAGUGAUUGAACAUUUAUUAAAGAUGUAAAGUGUCAAUUGA